CCGCAGAAGCGUCAACCGACUAGCCAGUGUACCGUCUACGGCCUGCCCUUGAACAGCGUUUACGUCUGCGAUUGUGCCCGCGGCUGCCUGCCCCCGCGACUCGCAUCUGACAGGCUUCCAGGACAACGGCCAAGCUGAGCGCAUGGCAUCGCCAUGAUAUUUCGCAGCCGCUUCCUGAGAGAAGCCUGACCGCGAUCCGGCUAACUCCGAGUGACUCUUCAGCAGCCGGGUACCCGCCGGGCACGGCAGCCUGUGCUCGUCCUUGUUCAGCUGGACACUCGACUAUCGGAACACACCCGAUAAUUCGGACGGUACCUAUGUACCGUCUCGUACCUAUAUCAAGGAGUGACAACGUUGCGCCAUGUCGAGUCCGUCGUUGAAGGAUCUGCCUAAAGUAGCCCUAGAUCUGAAAAGCGAAUUGGAAGGUUUCAACCAUGGCUGCAUGAAGAAAGCUGCUACCGCCGAGAAAAAUGUUUUACCCUCUGCUGAAGACGUACGACAGGAGCGACAGCACUCGGAGUUGAUACACGGCUUGGAAACCUUUAAGACAGAUCAGUUGAAGCACGCCGAUACAAAAGAGAAGAUUAUAUUGCCUAACGCCAAAGAUGUUGCUGCAGAGAAGACUCAGCAAACGCUGAUCGCUGGCAUCGAGAAGUUCGAUACCGCAAGUCUCAAGCAUACUGAGACUCAAGAAAAGAACCCGCUACCUGAUAAAGAUGCGAUUCAGCAAGAGAAAGGAAAACAGCAAUUGAUCUCCGGCAUCGAGAACUUCGAUCCGGCGAAGUUGAAGCACGCGGAAACUCUGGAGAAAAAUCCUUUGCCGACCAAAGAAGCGAUCGACGCCGAAAAGAUAGCCGCUUAAAACGAGAGUCGCCGUAUACACGAAGGAACACGAAGGAAGGGAACGGGAAACGGCGACUCGUCGCUUCUUCCAUUUUCUAUAUCCGUGACAUUUUAUAAUUAUUCGUACAUUGCCAAGAAUGAAUGCGCGAACGCGAAGCACUGUGUUAGUCGUAAUCCUAUGAUUAUACUUAUACUUACUACUGCCAUCGGGCGUGUUUCCUCCUUCUGGCGAGAUCGGAAGACUCUCGACGAAAACGUCCAAUUGAAUCACUGGGGUAGUCGCGAUGACUACGCCGCUGCUGCUGUUCCGUUUUAAUCUCGAUGUCCAAUCCGCUUGUCGAGAGACGAUUGAACGGCAAUUAGACAACGACUUGAACGAAAGCGGAUCUAAAGAGGGGAAAGAAAAAAAGGGAGAAUUCUCGUUUCGCCGUGUGGUUUGUCUAACUUGCUUCCUAGCUGGACUAUUCGCUCGUUUUGUCACGCGAACAAACAUCGUGACACGAGUGUUCGCCUAAGUCAAUCCGACUAAAUAAGAUGAGGAAGCGAAGAAACUUGCAACUAAAAUGAUCGGUAAACGCGAUGGGAGUUUGGAACAUUUAUUAUCGUGAGAGGAGGGAGGGUCUUUUACUAAACUCGCUUUGGACCGCGCGGGAUCGUCGUCACCUCGCCAAAGGAUGUAGUUUUUUCUAUCGAGGAAGAGAGAAAGAGAGUUGCUUCAUGCGCGGGUAUACGUUAUUUUCGAUAAUAGCAGGCAAAUUUCUCGGUGGCAUUGCAUGAUGAUCUGUUACAGCAGAUAGCAGACGCGGAAGCACACAGUGGUCGAUCUUAUAUUUAUGUAAAAAUCAUAUUUUGUAUAACGGGCUAUUGUACUUUUUUAAUAUUUCGUACACAUCGCAUUGUCAUUCCGAUGAAAUUAUUACGACGAAUAAAAAAAGUAAUUUGUA